AUGGCGACCGUCAACCAGAACAUGUUCGGAGCCAGCAUAGGCGCAGAACCGCCCGGCGGUGCUUCGCUGAUGGUUCUCCCGUUGAACCUCAUCGCCCAGAUCGUAUCACAUGUCGAAGACACAGGCGAUCUCGCCCAGCUAUGCCGAACAUGCCGCGUCCUCAAUUACAUGGCAUUACCACAACUCUACCGCAGCCUAACGCUGACCUCCUACGACAAAAUCCGUUAUCGCGAUGACCAGCCAGAAGGAAUUGGCAGUGGAAGCCCCUUCACAAUGGGCCUGAACGCGGUGAUUACAAGGCCGUAUGGGUCGUUAGUGCGAUCAAUGACACUGCGCGGCGAAUGGAGCGACCACGAACUGGAAGAACAUGCGCGAGUCGGGCGCGUGCCGGACUCGUCGAUGUUGCUGAAUAUCGCCGUCCGCGCCGCGAUCGAUCGCAUGACCAAUCUGGAAAGCUUCCACUGGGAGUUAAAUACCAAGAUGCUGGAUACGGUGUUUACAGGCUUGACGCAGAUGCCCAAGCUUACCUCUUUGACCAUUCGCUUCCCCUCCAGCCGUCAUCCGCAGCCUACCUUUGUUCUUCCGGGUAUGCCGCAUUUGCGCUGUUUGAAGAUUACUGAUAUCGAUCCUUUGUGUUAUCCGGACGAUAUCGCGACGAUGCUUUGGAAGAGUCGUAAGUUGCGCGAGUUGAAGCUGCAUUGGUCGCCGCGGAUGCGUGAUGCUCAGGAGCCGAGUGUUUCGCUUCAUGAUUACUUCCGCAAGCUUAUUGUGAACAAGCAGCCGUUGGCGGUUAAGAAGAUGUCCUUUCAGAAUCUUUAUGCUUUCCAUACUGAGGAUUUCAAUUUCGCUUUUGAUCCGACGACCGUUGAGGAUGUUACUUUCCUCACUGGCGUUGAAGGGUCUAGUCUAGCCAACACGUUCAUGGAGAACAGCUGGCCUACUGUCCCACCGCAUGCCAAGCUCCGAGUGAAAUCUGUCAGAAUGGAUACUGUGUCAAAGCGGAAUGCGGAGUUUAUUGGCAACUUCCAGGGCCUCGAACGGUUGUACUUUGUGAACGUCACCUCCGCCUCGAGUGAUUAUCUCAAUUCUCCCCGACAGGGAGGGAAUUCUUCAUCCGCACUCACACCGCCGAUCUAUGACAGUCAACCGCAUGGCGCGGCGAAUGGAACUACAUCUAAUUCACCUAUCACUUCGGUUUCCCCAGCAAGCCAACUGACUGCGACAUCCAGCCUUCGCGAUGUCUAUCUUUCACAUAUCAGUGUAAACCACGGUGCAACAUUACGCCACCUCCUCCUACCCUCAAAAUGGCCUCUCUCAACAGGCAUGGUCGGGCGUCUCGUCCACAGCUGCCCGAACCUGGAGCAGCUGGCUCUCGCCACAGAAUUUACCAGCAUGGACUCACUGGGCCUACUAAUACCCUUUCUCCGAAAACUAAAAGCCCUCCGACUUCUCAUUCCCCCGUCAUCCGGCCAACCUAAAAACGCCCCACCAGGCACAGCCCUCAGAAUCUCAAAAUCCGCACAAGGCGAAUCCUCCCUCGGCCUCAGCAGGUCACUACAGAACACCAUCGCAAACGUAAAGUCGUUCACCGAAUUAGUAGACAUGGACGACGCAGUCCUAACAGACCUAAUGAGCUACGACCUCGCAAACGAACCAAUCUACGGCAACGUCAAAGUCCUCGGCCUAGGCUGGAAAGCCUGGGAAAUCCGCGAAUGCUACAAAGCCCCCAUCCCACAACCACAACCCGACAACACCGAACACCAAUCUCCACAAAAUGGCGAAUACGCACCCACCGAAAGCCCAGACGUCAACGUCAACGUCAACGUCAACGGUGGUCCCUCAACCCAUCCAGGCUACACUACACAGAGAUCGCCCGGUAUACAAACACCACGCCUGGACUCUUGGUCUGCAAGCGCCUCACCAGUCGCAAGACCACUCCAACCACCUUCAACACUGGGCAAAAGAUCCCGUGACCACGACGUUGAGGAUCCCACCCCAACACCACGACAACAGUCUCAUGGCCCAGAGACAGUUAAUUUCCCCCAAGACCGUGAUGAUACGCCUUCUUUCGGACCAAGUCAUUAUUCGAUGGCCGAGGAUGGUUUUAUUUGGAGACGGCGUAUGCGCCGUGUUGGAUGGGAGGUUUUGCAACAUUGGGAGGUGUGGGCGUUGGAUGCACAGGAGAUUUGA